UUGGUGCCAGAAGAACAGAAUGAUUGAUGGCAAACUGACAUCGGAACAUAAGACACUCAUCAUUUUGCAUCAGAUGCUGACCCCUCAGCGCAUCUGGAUGGCCGCUGUGAGCCGGGAACACUGAGGACCCCUCAGGCUUAUCAGAUGUACAGUGGGAAGGCCGUCACUUUGCUGCCCUGUCUGCUACUGGACAUCUUCAACAGAAACCAAACUAGACCUGAGUCUUCUAGAGGUGUUCUGGGAUGAAGAGAAACCUCCAAGUCGUUGAUGCCCGGCACGCAGGAUGUUAGGCUUUCACCCAAGUCCUCAGUAUUCCUGAGUAUGCGCAACAUCUAAAUCCCUCCCAUUGGUUUUGGAAUCUUUUUGAAAUCUCAUCUUCUCUCUCUAAGUAUAAAGACCUACCUGCAUAAACAGACACAUAUAUGUGUGUGUAAAAUAGACACAUUCCAGAUAAACCACGAAGAUAACGAAGAAUUUAGAGAUGUAUUUGUCAAGAUUCCUGUCCAUUCAUGCCCUUUGGGUUACAGUGUCCUCCGUAAUGCAGCCCUACCCUUUGGUGUGGGGACAUUACGAUGUGUGUAAAACUCAGAUUUACACAGAAGAAGGGAAAGUGUGGGAUUACAUGGCCUGUCAGCCAGAGUCCACGGACAUGACCAAAUACCUGAAGGUGAAGCUGGACCCUCCAGACAUCACCUGCGGAGACCCUCCGGAGUCGUUCUGUGCAAUGGGCAACCCCUACAUGUGCAAUAAUGAGUGUGAUGCGAGCACCCCCGAGCUGGCACACCCCCCCGAGCUGAUGUUUGAUUUUGAAGGAAGACACCCCUCCACCUUUUGGCAGUCUGCGACUUGGAAGGAGUACCCCAAGCCUCUCCAAGUUAACAUCACCCUCUCUUGGAGCAAAACCAUUGAGCUCACAGACAACAUAGUUAUUACUUUUGAGUCGGGGCGUCCAGACCAAAUGAUCCUGGAGAAAUCGCUUGAUUACGGACGCACAUGGCAACCCUAUCAGUAUUACGCCACGGAUUGCUUAGACGCUUUUCACAUGGAUCCCAAAUCCGUGAAGGAUUUAUCGCAACACACGGUCUUAGAAAUCAUUUGCACGGAAGAGUACUCCACGGGGUAUACAACAAAUAGCAAAAUCAUCCACUUUGAAAUCAAAGACAGGUUUGCAUUCUUUGCUGGACCUCGACUUCGGAAUAUGGCUUCUCUCUACGGUCAGCUGGAUACAACCAAGAAGCUCAGAGAUUUCUUUACAGUCACAGACCUGAGGAUAAGGCUGUUGAGACCCGCGGUGGGGGAAAUAUUUGUAGACGAGCUUCACCUGGCACGCUACUUUUAUGCCAUCUCAGACAUAAAGGUGCGGGGAAGGUGCAAGUGUAACCUGCACGCCACCGUGUGUGUGUACGACAACAGCAAACUGACUUGUGAGUGUGAGCACAACACCACGGGGCCGGACUGCGGGAAGUGCAAGAAGAACUACCAGGGCCGGCCUUGGAGCCCCGGCUCGUACCUCCCCAUCCCCAAGGGCACCGCCAACACUUGUAUUCCCAGUAUUUCCAGUAUUGGUAAUUGUGAAUGCUUCGGCCACUCCAAUCGGUGCAGUUAUAUCGAUCUGCUCAAUACAGUCAUUUGCGUGAGCUGUAAGCACAACACUAGAGGGCAGCACUGUGAGCUAUGCAGGCUGGGCUACUUCAGAAAUGCUUCCGCACAGCUGGACGAUGAGAAUGUGUGCAUAGAGUGUUAUUGUAACCCUUUGGGCUCAGUCCAUGACCGUUGUAAUGGCUCAGGAUUUUGUGAGUGUAAGACUGGAACCACAGGGCCUAAGUGUGAUGAGUGUCUGCCGGGCAAUUCCUGGCACUACGGCUGUCAACCGAACGUCUGCGACAACGAGCUGCUGCACUGCCAGAACGGAGGGACCUGCCACAACAACGUGCGCUGCGUGUGCCCGGCCGCCUACACCGGCAUCCUCUGCGAGAAGCCGCGCUGCGAGGAGGCGGGCAGCUGCGGCCCCGGCUCCCGGGCAGCGGCCCCGCGGGGCUCCCGGGCGGCGCCGGCGCUGCUGCUCACCGCGCUGCUGGGGACAGCCAGCCCCUGGGCCUUCUAGGCCUGGCCGUGGGGACGCACCACAAGGCAAGCCCUUGCUACCAACAGAGAAAACGCACCCACAGCGCCCCAACGCGCGGACCAACUAAGUGAGGAGGCCUGACUGAACUAAGCCAUAUCUAUCAGCCGUGGGCAGCUCAAGACUGCUGAGUUCUCCCCGCGGGGCAGUUGUCACUGCAGCCGCUGGCCAGCCAGGGGCUUGCUGUGGAUUGCAAAGGCCAUGACAGCCCCCACCCCACGGGAACGACGGACAACCAGACCAACAAAGCAACCUAAAAACUCUUGCUGCUCUAGCGCGGCGCGUCUCCUUGCAGCGCUGCCCGCCUGCGGACCAGCCAACCGGGAACAGUCUUUGCCGUCAGGUGCAUUGUGGGUAGAUGGAAACCUGUGCAAAGCUGCCGAAUCGGCCCGCUCCAGCCCCUGAGUCCCCUCCGACCUGUGCUCUAGUGAACGUUGCUCUGUAACCCCUGUUGGUUGAAAGGUUUCUUUGUCUGAUGUUAGUGAUGCACACGUGUGCCCCCUCCCCCAGCGCAAGCCAGUCACACCCCUGUACAUCCGCGCAGCACCAGUCACAGCGUGCUCACAUCCAUGUACCAGAGCGGCUAUGGGCAAGCAGAAAGUGUAUCUAUCCUUUUGUAUUCAAAUGAAGUUAUUUUUCUUGAAAUACUGUAAGAUGUAGAUUUUUUGUAUUAUUGCCAAUUUGUGUUACCAGACAAUCUGUUAACGUAUCUAAUUCAAAUCAACAAAGACUGACAUUUAAUUUUGUCCUCUUUUGUUCUGUUCCGUUUCAUUGUGCAGAGAUUUCUCUGUAAGGACAACGACCGUGCUGGCAUCAAAGAAAUAUCAGUUUACAUAUAUAACAAGUGUAAUAAGAUUCCACCAAAGGACAUUCUAAGUGUUUUCUUGUCGCUUUAACACUGGAAGAUUGAAAGAAUAAAAAUUCCUGCCUAAACGACUUCAGGAAUUUGUAUUGCAGUUUCUUAAGAUGAAAGAAGCAGCCACCAAGCAGUUUCACACUCACUUUACUGAUUCCCGUGUGGACUGAACACGCUCAACUGGAGAAUUUAGGUCCCAGGAAGAUGGAUUGAUGAUCGCUAGCUUGGACAACUUCUGCAAAACGUGGGACUGUUUCCACUUGGGAAAAACUAUAACAGACAAAAAGAAAAAAGAAAAAGAAAGAAAGGAAAAGAAAGAUCUAAGUGAUUUCCAAGACCAUGCCAAAGCCGGUGGGCAGAGCGCUAAGAGACUUAUUUUUGAGCCUGCUAUAUUCACAGAGCGAUGGCGACCGCGCGGCUCUAGGGAUGCUAAUCUAUGUAUCUUUCCAAAUACAGUGUUUACAUGGAGGAUCGUAAGAGGCCACCUGGGGAACCAGGACAGCAACAGGGAAAUUGAGUGAUUAGCAAUUUGACUUUGAAUAUAUUCAGACUAAGUAUUUAAAUGAAAUAUCAAAAUAUACAGCAGCAAGUAGACAUAACUGCUGUUCCUGAGAAUAAAGUUUGUUUUAAGUACUGCCCAAGGUGUAAUAAAUUCUUGCUUCUGCCUUUUACUAGGCCAAUUACUGUACAAAACAGCAAGGGGAGGAGGGUGCGGGAAAAAUGGCCAAGUUUCCAAGAGACUGCAUCAGUAUAUACUCCUUCCCAGCACACUGUUGUCGUGCAGGUUACAGAUGUGUUAGCGGCAGCAACUCCUGGAAUCAAAAACAAUUAUCAGUCCGAGCCAGAGUCGUAAGGACAGUGAUGACCUGGCAGAGCAAUAACCUGUGCUAGUGUUAGACAGAAGCCUGGUCCUAGCCUGAAUUCGUCACCCUGCCGCCACUCCUCGCAGGGGCAGGGGGCACCUGCCUUCUGAUAAAUAACCUGAGUCAAAACUAGAUGAAGGAACAGCAUGUCUUAUUGGUUUUGUUCCCAGAAAAGCCAAUUCAAAGAAGGCAAUAAAAGGUAAACAGGUGAUGUCUGCACUGCCUGCGCCCCACUUCUGAGUCGAUUGAAUGUUUGUUAUUCAAACCGACAGUCUCUUUUGAAAUCAGAAAUAAAAUUUGAGCUUUGGCUGGCUUAGUGCCAGAGUGACCAGCCAUAAAUUGGAGAUUUGUAUUAGGAAGAUGAACAUAAAAUUAUAUUUCAAGCUCACCAAAGAAUGCCCAUGAAAAUUCUGGUAGCAGAGCUUUUCCGAGGACUUACAAUGAGGUAGAUUCCCAAUACGAAAACGGGAGUUUCAGGUGUCUUAGAGUUGAUUAGCACAAACCAAAGGCAGACUGUGUGAGAUUUCUGGCAACGACGCACUUUAUCACGAUCUGCUGACGGCUUGGUCCCCAUGCUCAGGAAUGCGACGCUGCACAGUUCAAUACGUGGGAUUCCCAAGGCUAACUAAAACAUAACGACGGCCUGGCCUAUUCAUCUGCGUUUUCUCUUUAUGAGGCUACACGAAUCUAAAUUGAUGAGAGGUAUCUUGCAUUCGGUGUAUUUAGAUAUAGUUUU